CCCCUUUUACGGGCACGCAUUCACGCGCAUUACACACUCAAGUCGCCGCUGUCCCUACACUCACGCGCACACGCUAUCUGGCCACUUGGAAAUUUCCCCUCACGCCGCGCAGGAGAUUUCGCCGCUAAAUCAGCGGAAGUGUCCGCCACCGUGCGUCCUGCGAUGCGCCAGUGGAGCGUCUGAAGCUGUGAAGAUCAGCACACACACAAAGAAGGAAGGCGGCCUUGACCUUUCAGCGAUAAGGUGCAGAGCAGGCGGCACGGUGGACGACUGGUUAGCACAUCUGCCUCACAGUUCUGAGGACUGGGGUUCAAAUCCCGGCCCCGCCUGUGUGGACUUUGCAUGUUCUCCCCCUGCCUGUGUGGGGUUUCUCCGGGUACUCUGGUUUCCUCCUACUUCCCAACAACAUGCGUGGUGUUGCUGCAGCUCCGUAGGUCAAGAUGGUGGUGUUGUCGCUGAAAAUCUGCGUUCGUCACUGCAACGUUGUGAAGACCAUGCAGUUCGAACCGUCCACGGCGGUCUAUGACGCCUGCAGGAUCAUACGCGAGAGAGUUCCUGAGGCACAGACUGGACAGGCUUCGGAUUAUGGUCUGUUCCUGUCUGAUGAAGAUCCCAGAAAAGGCAUCUGGCUGGAGGCUGGCAGGACACUGGACUACUACAUGCUACGCAAUGGGGAUAUUCUCGAGUACAAGAAGAAACAGAGGCCUCAGAAAAUUAAAAUGUUGGAUGGGGCUGUUAAAACCAUCAUGGUGGAUGACUCCAAAACAGUCGGGGAGCUGCUUGUGACCAUAUGCAGUAGAAUAGGCAUCACCAACUAUGAGGAGUACUCUCUGAUCCAGGAGACAUUGGAGGAAAAGAAAGAGGAUGGGAUGGGAACGCUCAAGAAGGACAGAACGCUGCUGCGUGACGAGAGGAAGAUGGAGAAGCUCAAAGCCAAACUGCACACUGAUGACGACAUGAACUGGCUGGACCACAGCAGGACAUUCAGGGAGCAAGGCAUGGAGGAGAGCGAGACACUCCUGCUGCGACGCAAGUUCUUCUACUCGGACCAAAAUGUAGACUCCAGAGACCCAGUCCAGCUCAACCUUCUUUAUGUGCAGGCUCGAGAUGACAUCCUAAAUGGUUCACACCCAGUGUCUUUCGACAAGGCCGGCGAGUUCGGCGGCAUACAGGCCCAGAUCCAGUUUGGACCUUACAUCGAGCAUAAACACAAACCUGGAUUCUUAGACUUGAAAGAGUUUCUUCCCAAAGAGUACAUAAAGCAAAGAGGAUCUGAGAAAAAAAUAUUCCAGGAACACAAAAACUGUGGGGAAAUGACAGAGAUCGAAGCCAAAGUGAAGUACGUCAAACUGGCGAGGUCUCUGCGGACUUACGGAGUGUCCUUCUUCUUGGUCAAGGAGAAGAUGAAGAGCAAGAACAAGCUGGUGCCGCGCCUCCUGGGCAUCACCAAAGAUUCCGUGAUGAGGGUGGACGAGAAGACCAAAGACGUGGUGCAAGAGUGGCCACUCACCACCGUCAAGAGGUGGGCCGCCUCGCCCAAGAGCUUCACUCUGGACUUUGGCGAGUACCAGGAGAGCUACUACUCUGUGCAGACCACCGAAGGCGAGCAGAUAUCUCAGCUCAUUGCGGGUUACAUCGACAUCAUCCUGAAAAAGAAACAAAGCAAGGAUCGUUUUGGAUUGGAGGGUGACGAGGAAGCAACCAUGCUUGAAGAAUCUGUGUCGCCUAAAAAGUCCACCAUCCUCCAACAGCAAUUUAAUCGGGUAGGCCGGGCAGAACACGGCUCUGUGGCGCUGCCCGGAGUGAUCCGGUCCGGCUCCAUCGGCACAGAAUCGCUGAGCGUGGGCUCCAUGCCGUCUCCUCAGCAGCAGAUCACAAUGGGUCAGAUGCACCGUGGACACAUGCCACCGCUGAGUUCAGCCCAGCAAGCUCUAAUGGGAACCAUUGACACCAGCAUGCAGGCCGUGCAGAAGGCCCAGAUUGACCUGGGGGAGGUCGAUGAUCUACCUCCACUUGGACAAGAUAUGGCCUCCAAGGUGUGGGUCCAGAACAAGAUGGAUGAAUCCAAACACGAGAUUCACUCACAGGUUGACGCCAUCACUGCAGGAACCGCUUCAGUCGUCAACCUCACUGCUGGCGACCCGACCGACACGGACUACACAGCAGUGGGCUGCGCCAUCACCACCAUCUCUUCCAAUCUGACCGAAAUGUCAAAGGGGGUUAAGCUGUUGGCUGCUCUCAUGGAGGAUGAGGUUGGUGGCGGUAACGACCUGAUGAAGGCCGCCAGGACACUGGCGGGAGCUGUGUCCGACCUGCUCAAAGCCGUGGAGCCAGCCUCCGGAGAGCCCAGGCAGACGGUGCUGACAGCAGCAGGCAGUAUCGGCCAAGCCAGUGGAGACCUCCUGCGCCAGAUUGGAGAGAACGAAUCAGACGAAAGGUUCCAGGAUGUCCUGAUGAACUUGGCCAAGGCGGUGGCCAACGCUGCCGCCAUGUUGGUCCUGAAAGCCAAGAACGUGGCCCAGGUUGCAGAGGACACGAUCCUUCAGAACCGGGUUAUUGCCGCCGCCACACAGUGUGCCCUGUCUACCUCACAGCUGGUGGCAUGUGCCAAGGUGGUGAGUCCCACUAUUAGCUCCCCCGUUUGCCAGGAACAGCUCAUCGAAGCCGGGAAGCUGGUAGACCGCUCGGUGGAGAGCUGCGUCCAGGCCUGCCUCUCGGCCACAGAGGACGGAGAGCUGCUCAAGCAGGUGAGCGCAGCAGCCAGCGUGGUGAGUCAGGCUCUGGAGGAUCUUCUGCAACACGUCCGUCAGUACACCUCCAGAGGAGAGCCCAUCGGCCGCUACGACCAGGCAACUGACACUAUCAUGACCGUCACUGAGAGCAUCUUCACCUCCAUGGGAGACGCAGGAGAGAUGGUCCGUCAGGCCCGGGUGCUGGCCCAGGCCACCUCGGACCUGGUGAAUGCCAUGAGGUCGGACGCUGAAGCGGAGGUGGACGUGGACAACUCAAAGAAGUUGUUGGCGGCGGCUAAACUGUUGGCUGACGCCACUGCCAGGAUGGUGGAAGCGGCCAAGGGUGCAGCGGCCUUUCCCGAGAACGAGGAUCAGCAGCAGCGACUGAGGGAGGCUGCGGAGGGGCUGCGAGUGGCCACCAACGCUGCCGCUCAAAACGCCAUCAAGAAGAAGUUGAUCAACAGACUGGAGAAUGCUGCCAAGCAAGGUGCAGCUGCAGCCACGCAAACCAUCGCCGCCGCUCAGAAUGCUGCCGCAUCCAACAAGAACACAACGGCUCACCAGCAGCUGGUUCAGAGCUGCAAGGCAGUGGCUGACCACAUCCCUCAGCUAGUCCAGGGGGUGCGCAGCAGUCAGGCCAAACCAGACGACAUCAGUGCACAACUCGCCCUCAUUAUUGCCAGCCAGAACUUCCUACAGCCCGGUAGUAAGAUGGUGACCUCCGCAAAGUCAUCGGUUCCUAUGGUGACGGAUCAGGCUGCAGCCAUGCAAUUGGGUCAGUGUGCCAAGAACCUGGCCACCUGCCUGGCUGAGCUGAGGACAGCCACACAGAAGGCACAUGAAGCUUGUGGCCCCAUGGAGAUUGACUCUGCACUCACUGCCAUCCAGAAGCUAAAAAGUGAGCUUCAGGAUGCCAGGCUAGCUGCGGCCAACACGAAGCUGAAGCCUCUGCCGGGAGAAUCUUUGGAGAAGUGCGCUCAGGAGCUGGGCAGCACCUCCAAGUCAGUCGGGUCCUCCAUGGCUCAGCUACUCACCUGUGCCGCACAAGGCAAUGAACACUACACAGGCAUAGCGGCCAGGGAGACGGCGCAGGCCUUGAAGACGCUGGCCCAGGCGGCGCGCGGAGUCGCGGCUUCCACCACCGAUCCCAAAGCUGCUGCGGCCAUGCUGGACUCGGCCCGCGACGUCAUGGAGGGCUCGGCGCUUCUCGUCCACGAGGCCAAGGAGGCGCUAAUGUCCCCUGGAGAUGCUGAGAGCCAGCAGAGGUUGGCCCAGGUGGCCAAGGCCGUGUCUCAUUCAUUGAACAACUGCGUCAACUGUCUGCCUGGUCAAAAGGACGUGGACAUGGCUCUCAAAAGCAUCGGCGAGGCCAGCAAGAAGCUCCUCAUUGAAAGCAUCCCACCAGCCUCCAAGACCUUUCAAGAGGCGCAGAGCGAGCUCAACCAGACAGCAGCCGACCUCAACCAGUCUGCGGGCGAGGUGGUUCACGCCUCCAGGGGCUCCAGCAGCCAGCUGGCAGUGGCAUCUGGCAAGUUCAGCGAAGACUUUGACGAGUUCCUGGACGCUGGUAUCGAGAUGGCAGGCCACACUCAGAAGCGGGACGACCAGGUACAGGUGAUUAGUAACCUAAAGAACAUCUCCAUGGCCUCCAGCAAGCUGCUGCUGGCUGCCAAGAGCCUAUCAGUGGAUCCUGCCGCAGCCAACACCAAGAACCUGCUAGCAGCCGCUGCAAGAGCUGUGACUGACAGCAUCAACCAGCUGAUCACGCUGUGCACUCAGCAGGCGCCUGGCCAGAAGGAGUGUGAUAACGCCCUGAGAGAGCUUGAGGCUGUCAGAGGAAUGCUGGACAACCCCAAUGAACCAGUCAAUGACCUCUCCUACUUUGACUGCAUCGAGAGUGUCAUGGAAAAUUCCAAGGUCUUGGGAGAGUCCAUGGCGGGAAUUUCCCAGAACUGCAAAACAGGAGCUGUGAUGUCAUUUGGAGAUUGUGUAGGAUUGGCGUCCAAGGCCCUCUGUGGGCUCACCGAAGCUGCUGGUCAGGCGUCCUACCUGGUGGGCGUGUCGGAUCCCAACAGUCACGCGGGUCACCAAGGUUUAGUGGACCCGAUUCAGUUUGCUAAAGCCAACCAGGCAAUCCAGACGGCCUGUCAGAAUCUUGUGGACCCAGAGAGUAGCGCCUCCCAGGUGCUCUCAGCAGCCACCAUUGUUGCAAAGCACACUUCGGCGCUGUGCAACGCCUGUCGCCUGGCGUCCUCUAAGACCACCAACCCUGUCGCCAAGAGGCACUUUGUCCAGUCGGCUAAAGAGGUGGCCAACAGCACCGCCAACUUGGUCAAAACCAUUAAGGCUCUCGAUGGAGAUUUCUCGAACGAGAACAGGAACAGGUGUCGAGUGGCCACGGCUCCGCUCAUCGAAGCGGUGGAAAACCUGACAAUAUUUGCAUCCAACCCAGAAUUUGCCACCAUCCCAGCUCAAAUCAGCCACGAGGGUUCGGCGGCUCAGGAGCCCAUCAUCCAAUCGGCACGCUCCAUGCUUGACAGCUCCACAUACUUGCUCAAGACUGCCCGCUCGUUGGUUAUCAACCCCAAAGACCCACCCACCUGGUCUGUUCUGGCUGGUCAUUCCCGCACCGUCUCAGACUCCAUCAAGAGUCUCAUAACGGCCAUCCGGGACAAGGCCCCCGGCCAGCGGGAAUGCGACUCAUCCAUUGAUAACAUCAACAAAUGUAUCCGGGACAUUGAGCAGGCCUCUCUGGCUGCAGUCAGCCAGUACUUACCCUGCAGGGACGACAUCUCUCUGGAGGCCCUGCAAGAGCAGCUGACAUCCUCCGUGCAGGAAAUUGGCCACUUAAUCGACCCUGUUUCUACCGCUGCCAGAGGCGAAGCUUCCCAACUAGGACACAAGGUGAGCCAGCUGGCCAGCUACUUUGAACCGCUGAUCAUGGCUGCGGUGGGCGUGGCGUCCAAGCUUAAAGACCACCAGCAGCAGAUGACCUUCCUGGAUCAGACCAAGACCCUGGCAGAGUCUGCCCUACAGAUGCUCUAUGCCGCCAAGGAGGGGGGAGGAAACCGAAAGGCGUCCCACACACACGAUGCCAUUGCUGAGGCCUCCCAGCUCAUGAAGGAGGCGGUGGAUGACAUCAUGGUGACGUUGAACGAGGCUGCCAGUGAAGUUGGCAUGGUCGGGGGCAUGGUGGAUUCCAUCGCGGAAGCCAUGGCCAAACUAGAUGAGGGAACGCCAUUUGAGCCUGAGGGCUCAUUUGUGGAUUACCAGACCAGUAUGGUGAAACACUCCAAAGCCAUUGCAGUUACUGCUCAGGAAAUGAUGACUAAAUCGGUGACGUGUCCAGACGAGCUCGGAGGUCUGGCAUCUCAAGUGACCGUCGACUUCAGCCAGCUGGCCGUGGAGGGUCGGAUGGCUGCCCACAGGGCCGAGCCUGAAGAGAUCGGCUUCCAGAUCAAGACCCGAGUGCAGGAACUGGGCCACGGCUGCAUCUUCCUGGUGCAGAAGGCCGGAGCUCUGCAGAUCACUCCUUCGGACGGCUUCACUAAGCGAGAGCUCAUCGACUGCGCACGCACCGUCACAGAGAAGGUGUCCUUGGUACUGUCGGCCCUGCAAGCAGGCAACAAGGGAACACAGGCCUGCAUCACAGCGGCCAGCGCCGUGUCGGGCAUCAUCGCUGAUCUGGACACCACCAUCAUGUUCGCCUCCGCCGGCACACUCAACGCUGAGAACGACGAGUCCUUCGCCGACCACAGAGAAAACAUUCUGAAGACGGCCAAAGCUCUGGUGGAGGACACAAAGAUGUUGGUGUCAGGCGCGGCUUCCGGCCAGGACAAGUUGGCGCAGGCCGCCCAGUCCUCUGCCAAAACCAUCACCCAGCUCACGGAUGUGGUCAAACUGGGCGCUGCCAGUAUCGGCUCGGAUGAUCCAGAGACGCAGGUGGUUCUGAUAAAUGCUGUCAAAGACGUCACCAAGGCACUGGCAGAGCUCAUCUGCGCCACCAAGUGUGCUGCCGGCAAAGCGGCAGACGACCCGUCCAUGUACCAACUGAAGAGUGCGGCCAAGGUGAUGGUGACCAACGUGACAUCCCUGCUGAAGACUGUGAAGGCCGUGGAGGAUGAGGCCACGCGAGGCACCAGAGCGCUGGAGGCCACCAUCGAGUGCAUCAAACAGGAAAUGGCGUUGUUCCAGUCCCGGGACCCUCCGAGCAAAACAACCACGCCAGAGGAGUUCAUUCGCAUAACCAAGGGCAUCACCAUGGCGACGGCCAAAGCUGUAGCUGCCGGCAACUCGGCCCGACAGGAGGACAUCAUCCACACGGCCAACCUCAGCCGCAAAGCCAUUUCCGACAUGCUCGCCAGCUGCAAGCAAGCGGCCUACCAUCCCGAUGUCAACGAGGAGGUGAAGAACAGGGCGCUGAGAUUUGGAUCCGAGUGUACCUCUGGGUACAUUGAUCUACUGGAACAAGUACUCAUGGUGUUACAGAGGCCCACUAAUGAGCAGAAGCAACAGCUUGCGGCGUGUUCAAAACGAGUGGCUGGCGCGGUCACAGAACUCAUCCAGUCUGCCGAAGCCAUGAAAGGUUCCGAGUGGGUGGACCCCGAGGACCCGACGGUGAUUGCGGAGACAGAGCUGCUCGGGGCGGCAGCGUCCAUUGAGGCAGCCGCGAAGAAGCUGGAGCAGCUCAAACCUCGAGCCAAGCCUAAGCUGGCGGACGAAACGUUGAACUUCGAGGAGCAGAUCCUGGAGGCAGCCAAGUCCAUCGCCGCCGCCACCAGCGCCCUGGUCAAAUCUGCCUCGGCCGCCCAGAGGGAGCUGGUGGCUCAGGGCAAAGUGGGCUCCAUCCCGGCCAAUGCCGUAGAUGACGGACAGUGGUCUCAGGGGCUCAUCUCGGCUGCACGUAUGGUGGCGGCGGCCACGAGCAACCUGUGCGAGGCAGCUAACGCGUCUGUGCAAGGCCACGCCAGCGAGGAGAAGCUCAUCUCUUCGGCCAAGCAGGUGGCCGCCUCCACUGCGCAGCUGCUGGUGGCCUGCAAGGUCAAGGCUGACCAAGACUCUGAGGCCAUGAGGAGACUGCAGAUUGCUGGCAAUGCAGUGAAGAAGGCGUCCGAUAACCUGGUGAGAGCUGCUCAAAAGGCAGCGUUUGACAAAGCUGACGAAGACAACGUGGUGGUCAAGACCAAGUUCGUGGGAGGGAUUGCUCAGAUCAUCGCGGCCCAGGAGGAGAUGCUGAGGAAGGAGAGGGAGCUGGAGGAAGCACGCAAGAAGCUCGCUCAGAUCCGACAGCAGCAGUACAAGUUCUUGCCGAGCGAACUGCGCGAGGACAACAACUAAAACAAGGAGGCAACUGGCUUGCUCUUGAAAAAAUCUCCUCUACUGUGACACUUACUGGAAGCAAAGUCCCAGGUGGUUUUAAAAUGACUUUUUGGACAGAAACUUCCCGAUUGUGUCUCCUCAUACGACAACAUAGCUACUUCGACUGAUCUCAAACCGAAUGUGACCUGCUCGGGGGUGACCGUGUGAAAUGUUUCAUUCAUAAAUGAUUGUUUACCCGCAUUGAGAAGCUCUAUUGUUGUGUGAAUGUUUUUUAAUGGCCAUGACAAGUCACGUGACCCCAUCAACGAAAGAUGGUUUUACAUUCACGUCUAUGUUGCUGUGAAUUUGACUCAUGGACAUGUUUUCUUUUUUUUUUUUUACAUGCUCAAUGAUUUGCAUAUUUGUCUUAGACCUUGAAUCUACAGUGUGCAGCCUCUCAGACUAAAAGGUGACAUAUCGAGACUAUGGAAGGAAUAUUUAUUUUAAGUUUGAGCGUUUUUUAUUAGCAGAAAUAUUACACCUUCACGCUCUUUUCAAACUUUUGGGAAAUGAAUCUGAUGCAAUAACAAGGAUGGUGCUGUAGAGGGCAGUGUGUCCUAUGUAGAUCAAUGCAAAUAAUUAAUACAGUAAUAAUCAAUAAAGAGGUUUAUUUUUUGCUUCCACCAUGAAAUAGUUUGUUGAAUUGGCUGAUGAUAAGAAAUACCUCAAAGUACGGCUUGUUUAGUGAUUUAAUAAAUUUCCUCUAUGACAUCAUGCGAUAUCAAUGAAUACAGGAGACGUGGCGGUAAUUAACGGUUCUGCAGCAAGACUUGAAAAUACAGCCAAUCUUUAUAUUUUUUUUUACUGAAGCAUGCGGCUUUAUGAAUAUACUACCUGCAAUAGAUGAGCCCUUUAUUUACCAAAAUGUGAUUGUAGUGGCUUUCUGCCUUACUUUCUGGCUUGUGUUACAGUAUAACAUACAUGUAAGGUGUAUGGUCAGGUUAGUGCAUGGCUUCAGGUGCAUCCUACCAUAACAUUUCAAACCUAUGUGGAUGUACAAAUACUUCUACAUAACUUAAAAUUGACAUUUUGGGAUGAAUGGAGGUUUUUGUAUUGUGCGGGUGGGUGAGUGAGUGUUGUGUGUGUGCACAUACUGUUAUCGUUAUUAUUAUUAGUGCCUUAGUCAGUAGCCUGAAAAUUGCUUUGUGUGUGAGUGGAAGCACAAAUACAUUUUGGGCAGUGGAGGUUCUCAUUUGUUGUUGUUGUUGGGUGUUAACAUUGUCCAAGUGUACAAUUACCUGCAAUUUCACAAUGUCUCUCAUCAUCGUGAAACAUUUAAAGGCCUUUUUUAGGGAUGAUAGAUCUGGCUCACUGCAUUUUCAUGUUUCUCAUAAUUCUGAGACAUUUAAAGGUGUUUUAGGGGGUUGAUGAAAUGAGUUCACUGCAUUUUCACAGUGGUUCUUCUUCAUUUUGAAUCUUGCAAGGUAUUUGAGAGGGGAUGAUAAAACUAAUUCACUGAAUUUUUGACUUUCUCAUUAGUCUGACACUUAAGGGAUGAGAGAAUGCUACUUUUAUCAUGAUUAUGACUAAUUUAAAGGUAUUUUUUAAGCGCAUGAUAUAACUAUUCCACUGCAUUUUUCGUAAUGGCUCAUAAUUGUGAUACAUUUAAAGGACUCAAAGUAAGGGCCUUUUUAGGACAUAAUAGAAUUGGUUCACUGCAUUUGUAUGUGGUCUCUCAUCAUUCUGAAACAUUUGAAGCCCUUCCUGAGGGAUGAUAUAAAUGGUUCUAAACGGUUUUCUCACGUUCCUCAUCGUUCUGACUCGAGUAAGGCCUUUUGGGGCAAGAUAGUACUGCAUUUUCAUCAUGUUUCAAUUUCUGACACAAAAAGCUUUUCAGGGGAUGUUGGAACUCGUUCACUUCAUUUUCAUGAUGUCUCUCAUUCUGACUCAUGAAAGGUUUUUUGGGGUCUACAAUGGUACUGGUUCACUGGAUUUUCAGCAUGUUUCUCAAGAUUCUGACUCGCGUAAGGUCAUUUUUAGGGGAUGACAGAACUGGUGGUACUGCAUUUGAAUUGUUUCUCAUCAUUAUGACACAUUUAAAGGCCUUUUUGAGGGAUGCCAGUGCUGUUUCACUGCAGGCCGUUUUCCAGAUGAUUGUAGUGACAACUAGGUCUGUCAUGCACUCUUGGGAUUUUAAAACUAACAACAAACUGGAUUUGUGUGUCAGUCAAACCCCCUUUUUAAAAUGUAUUUUAAAGUAUCGAUUUAUGAAUGGAUAGGCUUUCUGCCAUCACCUGUAUAAGAAGCUAUGUGACAUCAGUAUUUGUGUCACCAUUAGGAUGUUGUGAGACAUGUUACAGAUGUUGUAUGUGUUACCCUUAAACGAUAGACGAUAAAGACUUAUAUAAGAUAUUUAUCCGGCCACGAUAAAAAAAUAUUUUUUUUUUAUUUACUACAAAUAAAGUGUUGCAUUGUCUGAC